GCUCGGCGGCGGGUUCGCCGAGAUCAGUGGCCGGCGGCAGCUGGUGCGGGGGGCGGCUGGCGCGAGAGGUGGAGCGGGGCGGCGUGUGGCGGGGCCAUGACGGGCAAUGCCGGGGAGUGGUGCCUCAUGGAAAGCGACCCCGGGGUCUUCACCGAGCUCAUUAAAGGAUUCGGUUGCCGAGGAGCUCAAGUAGAAGAAAUAUGGAGUUUAGAACCUGAGAAUUUUGAAAAAUUAAAGCCAGUUCAUGGGUUAAUUUUUCUUUUCAAGUGGCAGCCAGGAGAAGAACCAGCAGGCUCUGUGGUUCAGGACUCCAGACUUGACACGAUAUUUUUUGCCAAGCAGGUAAUUAAUAAUGCUUGUGCUACUCAAGCCAUAGUAAGUGUGUUACUGAACUGUACCCAUCAAGAUGUCCAUUUAGGAGAGACGUUAUCAGAAUUUAAGGAAUUUUCACAAAGUUUUGAUGCAGCUAUGAAAGGUUUGGCACUGAGCAAUUCGGACGUGAUUCGGCAAGUACACAACAGUUUCGCCAGACAGCAGAUGUUCGAGUUUGACGCAAAGACAUCGGCAAAAGAAGAAGAUGCUUUUCACUUUGUCAGUUAUGUUCCUGUUAAUGGAAGAUUGUAUGAAUUAGACGGAUUGAGAGAAGGACCGAUUGAUUUAGGGGCGUGCAAUCAAGAUGACUGGAUCAGUGCAGUGAGGCCGGUCAUAGAAAAAAGGAUACAAAAGUACAGUGAAGGUGAAAUUCGAUUUAACUUAAUGGCCAUUGUGUCUGACAGAAAAAUGAUAUAUGAACAGAAGAUAGCGGAGUUGCAAAGACAGCUUGCUGAGUAUGUGGGCUGCCAGCACGGCACGGCUGCUAACAGAAUGGAGGAACCCAUGGACACAGAUCAGGGUAAUAAUAUGUUAAGUGCUAUUCAGUCAGAAGUUGCCAAAAACCAGCUACUUAUCGAAGAAGAAGUGCAGAAGUUAAAAAGAUAUAAGAUUGAAAAUAUCAGAAGGAAGCAUAAUUAUCUGCCUUUCAUUAUGGAACUGUUAAAGACUUUAGCAGAACACCAGCAGUUAAUACCACUAGUGGAAAAGGCAAAAGAAAAACAGAAUGCAAAGAAAGCACAGGAAACCAAAUGAAGAAGAUGCUUUGGGAUGUGUACCCAUUUCUGCUUCUGCAGUUGUUUUCAUGGAAACCAUUAAGUAUAAAGAACUUUGAGCAACAUCCUAAUUGACUCAGUGCACGUUUGGCAGUAGUCCCAGUCUGUCUUAUCGUUAAUGCAUGGAUUCAUAAACUUUCCCUACCUGCAUCAUGUGCAUGUAGUGCAUAUUAGAUACAAGUGAUGUUAAGAGUGCUUGCUCAAAUUCCGUUAUUUGACAUUGGUACUCUUGUUGGUUCUCUGGAUGUGUAACUACCCAAUGAACCUAGAAAAUGCACACAUGAUAUUCUCUACCUGUAAUUGUUAUAAUUAAUCUUUUGAUCUUUUAGCUCAGUUAAAUGCUUAAAGUUUAUAAAUGUCAGAUCUUGAUUAAACUGAAUCUCUUGUUUCCUCUCAUCAUUAAUGGGUAAAAAAAUCAGUAUUUCUGUCUUUGAUGUCUAAAUAUUUUGAGGAUUUUAUCUCCUAUACCAAUUAUUUGAAAAAGUAUGAUUUAAAUGCAGAUCAUUUGAAAAAGACGAAAGUACAGUUUCUAGUGAUUUUCAUUGCUGCCGUAGAAAAAUAAUAAACAUCCCACUUUUAUCUUAGCAAGUUUCUUUAAGUGUUUGGGGUUGUUAAUGUAUUAUAGAGUUGUCUCAGGAAGGUGUGUGUGUUAUGCUUCCAAGCCAAGUUUCAGGUUAAGAACAAAUUGUAAAUCUUACAGAUUUUUGGUGUUACUCUCAGUUUGGCAACGUUGUUUCAAGCUGUUAAGCUGUAUCUUUAGGAAAAAAUCAGAGGUUUGACAGUUCAGGCUAUCUGCUUUUUAAAAAAAGGAUAAUGGUUGUGGGGGAGGAUUCUUCUGUGCUAAUUUGAGCAAAAUUAGUGCAGCCCAAUAGCUUCCAAGAGCCAUGUGUGGUUUGCCUGCAAUGGGUUUUUUUAAUUGGUUUUGGGAGUUGCUUUGUUUUUUAUUUUAUAAAAUAAUACUAUAUUCUUGCUCCUAAUAUUCUUUUCCAAGUUAAACUUUAAAAGAAAUUUUAUGAAACUUCUUUUUAUAAGGGAAAUCAUGUACUUUUUUUUUUUUUUAACUAGGCACAUUUCUGAAGUUGAUGCAUGACUUUUUAACAUUUUAUUAUGGAAAAGUUUAAAUGUUUGAAGGGAGACUGUGUACCCAUCUUCUAGCUUCAGACACGUGAAUUUUUUAGGGAUUGUCUUUAAGCUUACUACAUUGUGGUAUUAAAUAACUAAGUUGAGGGAACCUGGUGGGAAAUUGAGUAGAAAAAUUAAUGAAACACUUUUCAUACAUAAUUUCAGUUGAAGGUAAUAAAGAAGAAUUUAUACUUUUUCAUUUGUUUGUGGGCAAAUAUAUUUUGCUCUAGAUAUGAUAGUAAUGAUGGAAUGUUUUCAAAGCCAUGAUACAAUUUUUAAAAAUAAUUUUCAGAAGGAUUGUUUUAGGCUCAUCUUGAUCCCAUUCGUUUAUUUCAACUUAAUUUAUACACUCUCUUUUAUAGAGGCUUAAAUUUUGUAAAGCAAUACAAGGAGUAUGAUAGUAAGUAGUAGACAAUAAUCAAGACAGUGUGAUACUGACUUAAGGAUCAACAAGUAAAUUAAUGGAAUAAAAGAGAGAGCCUAAAAACAAAUCCACAUUUAUAUAGUCGUUUCAUUUUUGACAAAGGUAGCAAAGCAGUCCAACAGAGAAGGAAAGUCUUUUCAACAAAUAGAGCCAGAACAACUAAAUAUCCAUGUGGAAAAGAUGAACCAUGACCCCCUACCUCACAGAAGGGAAUUUGAGACGGGUCAUAGGCCUAAAUGUAAAGCUAAAGUAUAGUGCUUUCUAGAGAAAAACAUUGGUGAAUAUCUUUGUGACUUGAGGCUAGCCAAAGGUUUCUUGGGUCACAGAAAUCAAUAACCAUAAAAAAUCCAAAAUUACUGUUUAUCAAAAUUAAAAACUUGUCUUUGAAAGAUGGUUUUACAAGAGUAAAUAGUAUCAAAUGACAUUUAAAAAAUAAUUUUAUAAGACUACUGUGUUAAUAGUUAUAAGGAUAUUUGCUUAUUAAUCUAAUUCUAAUAAAAUUCCUUGACAGGAAUUUCCAUAGCUUAA